AAGAAAUACUAUACUGCACACGAUGGCCAAUUCUAUCUGCGAUCCGUUUACAAAUCUGCCAGUCAAAUUCGAUAUUGAUCAACUCAUUAAAGAGUUCAAGCCGGAAGUGCAGAAGCAAGACAUUUACGAGGCAAAGGGACCCCGGGACUUUCUUCAUCUCCCGUGCAAAGAUUGGACGAUCUUGCCCAGAUUCGAGUACCCAUUGGAGCAUUUGAAGACAAGUCUUUCGUGUCGCCUUAGCAAAUACCUGCGUUGCCGGUAUACGAAGUUCCUAGACAACGUUCCACAGAAUUACGUAACCAUCGCCACCUAUGGAUCAAACGUUAACAGAAUGCCCAAGCCCAGAAGGAAGACGUUGAAUGGCCAAUUUUAUGGGGUCGACAAUAAGCUGGCGCCCAUACCCGUCUUGGCAGAUCCACGUCAACAUCAUGCCACAAAAAUCAAGAGAAACCAGCUGAUGGAAAACCUAUCGAAUUGGCAGGGAUGGAGACAACAGCUGAAGCUGGGGACCCGAAAAAUCAAUAAUGCAGAAAAAUAUCAAUUGCGGGCGAAAAAUGUUUACAAAAUGCAUUAGUUGCUGUGGCUUUACGA